AUGCUAACUUUCUGUCACGCGCCCUUGGUAGCGUUGGACAAACACGGUUUCUCUACUCAUCUUAGUAGUGACAUUAUAUCCGAAGCCAAAUUUCAGACGUACAUCAAUGUGGCCCCUGGCGAACAAGUAGACAUGGAUCCUUUAUCCAUUACUGCCACUUGUCUUACUCUUCUCGGAACCAUCGCCAAAGUAUCCAUUACCAUAACGAGUUUCGUACGGGAUUUUCGUGGAGCGAGGAGUGAACUUGAUGGGAUUUCUCGUGAACUUGUAUCGCUCAAAGUGCUUCUAGAAUCAAUUUAUAGGGAUGUGAAUGAUUCUACUGGCAUUACCUUCCCCGAAAUACUUCAGAGACAAAUCGCCGAGAUAGUUGGAAACUGUGCCUUGAUCGUUGAAGAGGUCCAAAAGACCCUCAAGGUCUAUCGGAACAAGGGAAUCACUAAGGCUGCGCGAUGGGCUCUGGUAGGAAAGGAGGAGAUGUCGAGAUUGCAGGCGAGUUUGGGGGCACAUAAGUCUGCUCUUGGUAUAGCUUUGCAGCUUGUGAAUUUGUAUGCUGUCCCCAGAUCGACAAGUUCGAGAGCAUAGGUAGCUAAUCGCUUUUUCUGUUCUAGAUCGAGUUCUAGAGACAUCAAGGCGGAUACGAGAGAGGUUCAAAAUGAUACCACGGAGAUUAAACGGAUUAUUCAGGACGAUGCAGAGCAAAUUCUCGGUGCUAUCCGUCGUCUGCAAUUGGAAAAUACCUCAGGUUUCAUAAUGGGAAGGUAUUUGGGAAAUCUUGAGAGUUACGCUGGGACCGUUUGCGGUUCAGUUGCAGAUGACGAGGAGGUAGAUAUGUUGGAGGGGAAGGCAGAUAUUAGGGAUAGGAGGUACCGAUCCACAAAUUUAGAAUGGCCCUCUGAACCGAGCAUAACUCCACUUGCCUUGGGGCCUGACGAUACUGUCAUUUCAUACAGAAACGCCUCAUCAGGGCCCUCAAAAUUAAUUUCACCGCAUGACACAAUUGACGAACCAGCACAUAUAUCCUUGGAUUCCAGAUUUCAUAGCCAAGUAUCAGAUUAUGCCUCGCUCAAAACACCAUCCAUAUUACCGACUCGACCAACAGUCGCCUGUCAAAGCUCCAAAAGCUCCCCUGAGAAGAAUAACGAAAACAUUAUCCUUGAUAUCCCACAAUCGUCAAAAAUCCUCGACCGAUUUCCCUACUGUCCCAAGGUAGUGCGGUUAACCGCAACGAACUGUUCCGCAGCCGAAUUCCCCUAUAGCAAGUUCAACCUACGAUCCGGACAUCGAUUUAAAACGAGGCUUUUACUAUGCAUAGUGGUCCUCAAAAGAGAUGACGAGUCGCCAAUAGAUCAAGCUAUGUCACUGAUACACACCUUGCGAAGUGUAAUGAAAAGCGUGGAAUACUUGAACGAGCACCCGGGAUGGGGUGACAACGUUUGGAAAUCUAUCGUCGUGGGCAUUGUGUGCCAUGAUACCAUCGAAGCACCUGCUUUGAAAAUAUUUGAGAAUAUCGGGACCUUUGUACAGAUUCCGCAAUUUAAUGGUGUAGAAAUAGGAUCUAUGUCGCGAGCAGAUACCGAUGGGGAUAUUCCUCUCCCAUUCACUGUAGAGUCCAAAAUAGCGAAAGCACAAAUCUUUGAGGUGCGUAAAUACCCUACAGUACUUGAUACCAUGAUUCACCAUAUUGAGUAAUUUCACAUUACACGGUUGAAUCAAAUGCCAUCAAUGCAUGGUGCCACAGCAGAGAAGAUAACGCUCCUAGUUCCGUGUACUCCAAACGCAUCCAAAUGCUUCUAUGUCAGCAAACGGGACAGUGGCAAUCCCAUUCGUGGAUUAGAGCCUUUGCCGAUGCUCUGGAUACCCCUCUGUGUAUAGAAGUCAAGUCCGGGACAAAGAUUACUGGGAGUCGAAUAGAUGAAACUUGGAGAUCUGCUUCACAGCCAGGAAGCGCAAGGGGAGCGAGAAAUGUUGUCAAGUAUAAUGAUCGCUUGUCUUUCAGAUCUUUGUUGAGGCUUUGAGAUAAGUGGCAUGUUUUUUUUUCUACGCCUUUUUGGGGGAUGUUGGCAGUCUGAUCUUUUGGUAGUUGGGCAUUGUGAGUCUCGUGCUAAGUAUCUUUUGAGAAGACCGGGGUCUAUGUAUUUAGUUGGAGAGUUGCAAAAAGAGAGGAUUAUAGUGGUUGUUUUAGAUCCAUGAUAGACUUAUAUCAAAUCAUGUUUUUGACCUGAC